AUGCCGACAUUCCAGGUGGCAGAUCGUUGGCCAGAAUUCAAUAUCACUACCUUUAUGCCAUUAUGGCUAUUCACGGAUCAGUUUGCAAUUAUUGUUCCUAAUACAGUGCAAAACAUCAUUAUUGCUCUCGCUUGCAUGGUGCUCAUCGCCUUCCUCCUUAUUCCGCAACCAAUGUGUGCCUUCUGGGUGGCAUUAGCCUGUGGCUCAAUCGACUUCGGGGUUGUCGGCUACAUGACCCUUUGGGGUGUGAACUUGGAUGCUAUUUCAAUGAUUACUAUAAUUAUGUCUAUUGGAUUUUCCGUAGACUACGCAGCUCACAUCACUUACGGUUAUGUCGUCUCAGAAGCGUCUCUUCCUGCAGACAGAGUCAGAGAUGCCCUCUCUGCGCUUGGUUGGCCUCUCUGUCAGGUAUAUUUUCAGAUGUAA